AUGAGUUAUAUUUGGAAUGAGGCGCUUUAUUCGUCGGUUGUGGAUUCGGCUAUCUCUGCGAAUCUUCAGAGUCUUGCGAAUGAGGCGAGGGUCAUCUAUUCCCAAGGGAACUUUUCAGAGAUCCCACUCACUUCCCAGUCCAUAUCCGUGUUUGCGGAUCCGUGGCAUCUGAGGAGUAUCAACAUACAACCUACCACCCAAGGCUCGCGGGCAAUCUACAACACUCUCGUCAUAAUCCUCAUCCUCAUCCAAGAAUUCUUCUACCUCGGAACCAUCAACAGUCUCUACGAGUCCUUCAAGAUCUACACCCGACUCAACCCCCACCGCAUCCUGACCUUCCGCUUCCUCCUCUCGCUAGCAUACUGCCUCAUCGGCUCGCUCUGUGUCACGGCCUCCAUCUGGGCCUUCAAAGCAGGCUGGGCCGUCAACACGGCGCAAUUCUUCCUCACCUGGGCCGCGCUGUGGAUCUUCGCACACCUCAACUUUCUAACCUUCGACGUGUUCACCGUCUGGCUACCUUUGCCCUUCGUCCCCAUGGCGCUGAUAACUUGGGUCAUCCUCAACGUCACGAGUAUCCUCCUCCCAUUCGAGCUCUCGAGUCCCUUCUAUCGAUGGGGCUAUGCGAUGCCGGCGCAUGAGGUGUAUCAGAUCCUCGUUGAUAUCUGGAGUGGAGGGUGUAAUCCCACACUUCGGUACUCGAUGCCUAUCCUCUUUGCCUACGAGGUCUCGGGGCUGUUCUUGAGUGGGUUGGGUGUGCAUAGACGGUGUCAUUUUGCGGUUAUUAGGGAGGAGAAUGAGAAGGCUGUUUUUGAGGCGAAGAUUGAGGCGGCGUUGGGGUUUGAGAGGGGGAAGAGGGGGGAGAGAGAACGGGAGAGUAUGAGUGGAGGGAGAGAUGAGAGGGCGAACCUUGAUAUGGUGGGUGGUAAAGAGGAAUCUGGCGAGGGGAAUGGUGGCCUUCAAGGUGAUGAAGAAGCUGAGAGGGAUGAUGCUACUGAGGAGCGUGAGAUGGAACGUGAGGAGUUGAGCGAGGUUAUUGAGAGGGAGACGACGAGGGUGAGGAGGGAGCAGAGUCGGGGUGGGGGUAAGGCGGUGGAUUCUGGUCCGAGUUUUGGGUUUAGGUUUGGGACUGGGAAUGAGAGUUAG